UUUAGAUUCCCUGCCUGAUUACGUUAGUGAUUACAAUGUAUAAAAUUUGUUCAGUGAAUUAACGGUCUGAUUUUUGUAACAAGAAAAAGAUUAUCCGGUUGCGAACUCAGCACCAUUGAGCAGGCGUGGUAGGUGGUUUGCGGGGAAGUGUUACGGUAAAAAUUGGCAUGGCUGACUAGUUCUGUUACUGAAAUAUGUAUAUUAAUCUAAUUAUAUAUUUUAUUGUUCGUCAAAUCUCCGAGUUACCAUUUAAUUCAAAUUCAGGAUAUAAAUUGAUUUAAGCUUUGAUAUUUCUGCUGAUCUCUUGAAUGAAAAACAAAAGGAAUGAACAAGUAAUGUAGUCAUCCAAACGACACAGUUAAUUGAAAUUUAUGAUGUGAAGAAGGUUAAGUGUGUUAUUAAUCAAUUCAGAAACAUGUCGUUUUUCAAUAACAUAAAGAAAGUUCUACACAUUGGUGGCAACGAUGCGAAAAAGAAAAAAGUUUACAACAAUGUGCGGAUGGACUGCGACCCAGAAGAAUUCUGGGAGAUGAUCGGUGAAUUGGGUGAUGGGGCCUAUGGAAAAGUAUACAAGGCUCAACAAAAGCAGUCUGGCUACCUGGCCGCUGCCAAAAUGUGUCGGUUAGAAGGUGACGAUGAUUUAUCGGACUUUAUGAUCGAAAUAGAUAUUUUGACGGAGUGUAUACAUCCUAAUAUAGUGCAGUUACACGAAGCAUUCCUAAAGGAACAACAGCUGUGGUUGUUGAUAGAAUAUUGUGAUGGUGGGGCUAUUGACAGUAUAAUGACCGAACUGGAAAAACCGUUGAAUGAGAAGCAAAUUGCUUAUGUGUGCCAAAAUAUGUGUGAAGGUUUACAGUUUUUACACAAAUCCCACAUCAUUCACAGAGACUUGAAGGCUGGCAAUGUCCUACUGACCAUGGCUGGAGGUGUUAAAAUCGCUGACUUUGGGGUGUCGGCAAAGAACAAAAACACCCUCCAGAAACAUGACACGUUUAUUGGCACCCCCUAUUGGAUGGCACCAGAAGUGGUGAUGUGCGAGACAUUCCGAGACAACCCCUAUGACUACAAGGUGGACAUCUGGUCGAUGGGCAUCACGCUCAUCGAGUUCGCCCAAAUGGAGCCCCCUAAUCACGAGAUGUCGCCAAUGAGGGUGCUCUUGAAGAUACAGAAAUCAGAUCCACCGAAACUGAAUCAUCCAGCUAGUUGGUCCAAGGAUUUUAACGAUUUCGUGGCCAAAGCGCUUGUUAAAGAUCCACAAAAGAGGCCGACUUGUGAGGAUCUCUUGAAGCAUCCUUUCAUCAACUGUAAAUUGGAUUCCAAGCCAAUCAGAGACCUUCUUUUAGAGUAUAAGGCGGAGGUUGUUGAAGAAGAAGUUACAGAUGAUGAUCCAGAUGACAACCGAGCCUCCCAACUUCCUCUUGUGCUAGAGGAUGAUGCAUCGGUGAGGUUGAGAGCUGACAGUAUCAACCAGAAAGUUUCAGAAGUACGGACUGAAGAAACGAAGACCGUUCCAAACGAAGAGAAAGCAACCAAAACUGCACCCGAAGCUUCAUCGAGUCAUGAAGCAGUUCAACCUACGCCUGAGAAAAAACAGGUUAAGAAAGAUGAUGAACCGAAAAGGAUAUCAAGAGACAAGGGACCAGCCCCGCUACCCCCACUACCCAAGGAACCGCCCCAGGAGCCCAAGGUGGAGAAGGAGAGCACCCCUCCUCCUCCACCCCCUCCCCCGGUCGUAAUACCUGCCUUACCCACGCCCCCUUCGUCCCCAAUGACUCCACCGGAUACUCCCCCUAACGACAGGUUACCACAACCUCAGUUGCCUGAAGUCGUUCCGGAAAUAAGAGGGGAGGCCGGAGAGGGACCGUCCAAUCAGAUGGAGAUGGAGGAGGUCGCCAACAUUCCCCUCCCGCCGAGCAUGCCGGGCGAUAGUUUGGACGUCUCCUCGAAGGGAGGACACUUCGCGAGAAGUCCGCCUAUGGAGGGUGGAGCUAAAGUGAGGCAGGCCGAUAUGGUUACCGUGAACAGCACGGUGGGCUCUGUGAAGAGUUUCGAGGUAGCUUCACCAUCAGACAAGAACCGUAUGAACACUUCGACGAUAACGAUCAAUUCAGAUCCUCCGGAUCUGUCCAACAGUUUGGCUUCCAAUAUAAGUCAGGUAACAGUGGUAACGACGCACCCGCCCGUAUUGAUAGACAACACGCAAUGCUCGUCCAGGACCUCGACCUCGCCCAGCAACAACAGCGUGAGCGAGGUCGUGAUCGUGGCGAACGAGACGAACAAGACUCACAUCGAGUCCUCCUCGGACGACGAGUGCUUCCCCUCCCUCGACUCUCUGGAGUACCCUCCUCCCAGUGAAUUCCGCGACGGCAGCGCCACCUGCGCGGCCAGGGUGGCGAAGAAGCUGGACGAGAGCGAAGUGCUGAUAGUGGACAGCAGCUAUCUGAUCAACGACUCGGGUCUGGACGUGUCUGAGGACAACUCGAGGCUGUUGGACACGAGUCACGUGUCCGUCGUCAAGAUUGACGAGAAGGAGGUGCAGGUGAAGGAUUCAAAGUCGUACAUGGGGGGCAAGGAUGCGUACCGUGGUUCCACCAGCGAUUUGUCCAACACUUCUUCAGGUAAAACCAACAGCACCAAGAGCGACUACAGCGACGAGCUGCGGGGUACCUCCAUCAUCCUAGACGGUUCCCCCUCCACUCCAACCGGCACCCACAAGCUGAACGGCCAGGUGGUCAGGUCCUCGAGUCAGGACGAGGUCAGAAAGAAGAACAGCCUGAACGGCAAGCUCUACCAUCAGGACACCUACGAGAUAGCGUUAUCGGAUAAGUCUCAGAGCGACUCGGGCUCGCUGAGGAGCAACGAUUCGCACCGAAGACCUAUUUCAGGCGCUAGCAAGAGCAUAGAGCAGUCUGACAUAGAGAGCGUGUCCAUAGCUAGCCACGAUAGCAAGGGGAGCACCAACAAGGAGGGUGGUGCUGAGGGGGAAGAUGGAGAAGAAGGUUUGGUCGUCCUUAGGAAGAGAACACCCAAGACUAAGGAGACAACGCUGAGUAAUUUCAACAGAAAGACGAGGAAGCGGACUCGGAAGUUUGUGAUUGACGGCGUUGUCAUCACAACGACUACCAGUAAGGUGAUCUACGGCGACGAGGAAACCUACAACUUCGCCAACCCGCUGACCGACCGCAAGCAGGAGCUCAGGGAGCUCAAGUACCUGCAGAAGCAGGAGCAGAAGCAGUUCCAGGACUUGGCGCUGAAGGAGAACCAGGCCAUUGAGACCCAGGAUAAGAAGUUCGAGCAGGAGCGCACGGCCCUGGAGAAGCAGUACGAGGCAGACCUGGAGAAUCUGAGCAGACAGCAGCGGCUUCAGAUCGAGAAGGCCGAGGCGCAGCAGGACACCGACCUCAGGAACGCCUCCAAGAAGAUCAGGGCGGACCAGGAGAGGGAACUGAAGCAGUUCAGAGAGGGUCUGAAACAGGAGCUGAAGCUGAUGAAGGCGGAGAUCGAGAUGCUGCCCAAGGAGAGCAGGAAGAUGGAGUUCAAGAUCCGAAAGGAGAAGAUGGAUGCUGAGCACGCUGAGAGGGAGAAAAUCUUCCUUGAAAAACUUCACGAAAGCCACGAAAGUUCCCUGAGAAGGCUGAGCGAUUCGCACAGGGAAAGAAUUGCCCUCACCGAACGACAGUUCCUCCAACAAAAGCAGCAGCUUAUCAGAUCUCAGGAGGCCGCUCUAUGGGAAAUUGAGGAGAAACAGAUCCACGAGAAACAUCAGCUCAUGAAAAGGCAAAUCAAGGAAAUAUUCAUUCUUCAACGGCACCAGAUGUUAACGAGGCACGAGAAGGAGAAGGAACAGAUCAAAAGGAGGGCAGCGCGCAAGGAGGAGGAGCUCCUCAAGAAACAAGCUACGGAAAAGAGGUCUCUGCCGAAAAGGAUAAGGAACGAGAUGAAGGCCAGGGAGCUGAUGUUCCGGGAAUCCAUGCGGAUAUCCGUGUCCAAUGCUGACCCCGAACUCGAAAAGAACAAAUUCAAAGAAUUCCAAGAGAAGGAGAAGAAACGUUACCAGGCCGAACAACAAAGGUUCGAGCUCAAGCAUGCGAGACAGCUGGAAGAGCUUAGAGCAAUGAGCGAUGCCACAAUUAAGGAGCUGGAACAACUUCAAAAUGAAAAACGAAAGAUGUUGCUGGAACACGAGACGCAGAAGUUGAAGCAGAGGGAUGAAGCCUUUGGUAAAGAGCUGAAGGAGUGGAAGUCUCAGUUGAAGCCUAGAAAACAGAGAGUCGAAGAGGCGAUACGUCGAGAAUUCGACAAGGCGAAAUAUAAGAUGUACCUGCCCACGAUUUACCUGGACGACGCGUAUUGGGGCGAACAGGACAGUUCCACCGACAACCCGCCCCCGUGCUCCGCCCCUUCUACCCCCUCCCAUUCCCACAGUUCCCGCCCCGGCUGGGGCCACCAGCGGACCUGGAGCACUAGCGUUAUGCCCGACAAGAACAGUUCCUUCCUCCAAUCCUCAAGCUCCGUCGCUUCGGCGCCCUUCGAUUCCAAUGUAUAGUUUUCUUGAUGUUUUUUUUUCUUGUAGUUACGUUCCUCCUUUCGAUCCAGUCCAUUGAACGGCGUAUAACAGAUACUGAUGCUGAGCUAGAGGAGGAGGCGUCGUUCGAUUUUUGGGCGUGACGGAUCCGCCCACUUAAGCCUCCGACAAUUGUAUAUAACGCUACCUUAACCCUUGUUUAUGUUUGCUUACAACCUACGAUGUUUCACUUGAUUUUGUUGAGCUAGAGUCUCUGGAGGGACCUAAGAUGGAAUUGGUUUAGUCUUAGGACCUGGUUUGAUGAUCCUGUUAAGUUCAGGUUGACUCGACUGAUGUUCCAUUCAAUUUUAACUUCAAACUUAGAUAACUCAGGUGCCUGAGUAGGAAGUGGUUAGAUUUUGGGGCGUGGUUUUUAUGGUCCCGCCUCUUGUACCUUGUAGGUUUGACCUAAUUUGACUGACAUUUGUACAUAAUGCGACCUUAUAAUAUAUUUUUUCACAAAACAGUCAAUGUUUCAGAUCGAAUUUUAAUGUUGUGGGUAAAUUCGUUUGGAAAUAUUGAUUGUUUUUCCGAGAUUCCUAACUUAUUGACAAUAUGAAGAAGACAGCAUUGGCAGAUUAAUUCGAAUAUUUUGGGUGUUCACAUGAGUAUCUGUUAUAUGUGUUCCCAAAUUUUUGUUAUUGUGGUCCCACUCUAUUCGUUGCAGAUAGUCUCGAUUCAAACUCUUCCUAGAUUUUGUAGACUUUCAAAUGUAUAUCGAAUUAGCAACAUAUCUCAGAGCUUCAUUAUGAGCUUCCUAAAAUGUAGAGGAUAUCGAAGUAGAUUUACUAAUAUAUUGAAUUUGACCAGUUUAAAUUUAGAAUGGAUAUAUCAAGAAACUGAGCUUAAUAUAUUUUUGUACAUACAAUUUACGAAUUGCUAUAAGCGAUUUUAGAAGUGAUAAAGAUUAGCCAAAUGAUUAGAUAUAGUCUUCCUUAGAAUAUUAUUGUGUGGUUAUGAUCGAGACUAUCUGGUUUUUUUGCCUUUUUCAAAUAAGCCCACAUUCGUAGAUCCUCAGCUUCCGAUUCUGCAG